AUGGCUUUAAUGAAAGGUCUCUUGACAUUGCAGGACAAUCUGGAGCCAUCCAUGUUCCCGAUACAAAAGGGAUCCCUGAACCUCCUGAGGCAGAAAUGGGAAUCCUGUGAUUACCAGAAGGAGUGUUGUCCUGGGGGCAGCCAUUCCAUGCUCUCCCAGCCUAGGGAAAGCAAAUUGCUUGAGCCUGAAAGAGAAGUACUCUCCGCCCUUGAAUGUCCAGAUCCCCCAAGUCUUCCCUGCAGCAUAGGGGAAGAGAUGCUGAGCACGGAGCCUGAAGAGAAGGGUCCUGAGGACAAGAGAGAUCAAUCCAGGGAAUAUAGCCAGCCUGAAGUGCUGAAGGAGGAUUCCCUGACUGGUCGGCGCAGGAUUGAAUGCUUUUCCAUUGCUCUUGAUGAGCUAAGGAGUGUCUUUGAGGCUCCUAAGUAUGGAAACAGACCACAUGGACCACCUGAAUAUGGCCGAAAGGAAGUGGAAAUUGAGCGAAGUUUGUGUUCAACAACAUGUAAGAGUCACCCUGGGAGCCAGGCAGAUGAUUUUGUGAAAGAUUCAGACAAGAAAGGGAAGGAAACAGCUUUGGACAAGAUGUCACCUAAAAGUGGUGACAGCCACAUCUUUGAAGGUUAG